CUUAUAAUUUUUUUGUCUGGUUUUGCAUCAGGGUAAUGCUGACCUCAUAAAAUGAGUUGGAAAGUGUUCCCUGCUUCUCUUUUCUGGAAAAGUUUGUGUUAAAUGGUUUUGUUUCUUCCUUAAAUGUUUGGCAAUGAAACUAUUUGGGGAGAAGCUGCCAACAGUGCACAGGUAUGAGCUAAGACUCAAACGGCGCGGGAGCAGUGCGUGUGGGCAGGCGCCGGAGACCCCAGACAGGUUUGAGUCAGAUCAUACAUCCUAGCCCCAGAAGAUGGGGAACUGCCUCAAAUCCCCCACCUCGGAUGACAUCUCCCUGCUUCACGAGUCUCAGUCCGACUGGGCUAGCUUUGGCGAGGAGACAGAGCCGGAUAAGGAGCCGCCGCCGCCAUAUCAGGAACAAGUUCCAGUUCCAGUCUAUCAUCCAACACCUAGCCAAACUCGGCUAGCAACUCAGUUGACUGAAGAGGAACAAAUUAGGAUAGCUCAAAGAAUAGGCUUUAUACAGCAUCUGCCUAAAGGAGUUUAUGACCCUGGAAGAGAUGGAUCAGAAAAAAAGAUCCGGGAGUGUGUGAUCUGUAUGAUGGACUUUGUUUAUGGGAACCCAAUUCGAUUUCUGCCGUGCAUGCACAUCUAUCACCUGGACUGUAUAGAUGACUGGUUGAUGAGAUCCUUCACGUGCCCCUCCUGCAUGGAGCCAGUUGAUGCAGCACUGCUUUCAUCGUAUGAGACUAAUUGAGCCAGGGUCUCUUGUCUGACUUCGACUGAACCAUCACUUUUGGUGGUUUUGAUCUUUUGUCACUGAGCCCAAAGAGCCAGGGAUUAGGAAUUAAGAUCAUGCGCAAAAAUUUCCUAAAAAUUCCUGGAUGGCUGCAGAUGUUGGGGGAAAUAUGUGAUAUUUUAGAAACUUAGGGGGAAAAGUAGGAUGGUAUUUUUACGUAAAGCCUUGACCCAGUGUUUAAAAAUAUAGUUGUAUUUAGAUCUUGUUAUUGCUCCAGUACAUAGGGAUUGUGUAAAGUGUUACAGCAGCUGUAAUAUGUUUAAAUUGUGUGUAUUGAAGAUUAGGAAAAAGAUGGUGGUUAUUUUUUCCUAAAUAACUUUCUUCUCCACCCCACCCCACCUCCCACUCUUUUCUGAAGUUGCUGGCAUUUGGGUCAAGGUUUUAUUAAAGCUACAUUUUAUAACACUGGCACACACACACAAAAAAGUAGUUUUAAGCUUCUUUGCACAGUUCUUUUUUUCCAUUGGAAAUGGAAUUCAUUGCCUUAGGUCUUUUUAAAUAGUGUAUUAUUAUCGUUGGGGCUGGCUCUAUGCUUGAAAACCAGUUUAUUUAUAAGCUGUUAUAAGUGCUAUAUUCUGUUUGCAGUUAGGAAAUGCAGAAUUCAAAGUGAUCUCCUAGCUUGUAAGCAAACUGAGAUGCACUGUCCCUUUUCUGUAAAAAAUGAGUUAAUGUGUCAAGAAACCAAAUCUAGUAAAGUGGGGUUUAAUAUUUCCCUUUCCUAUGUGUUUUAUCUAAUUAUUUUGGUUGUUAAUAUGGUGAUAAAUAAAAGUCAAGGUAAAUUUAAAUAUUAAGAUUUCUGAUUUAUUGAGCUCGAAUUAUGUCACCAUACUUACACUUAUGUAAAAAUGAAUGUGGCACCAUGGUGAAACUUAACGAGAAGUAGUUUCUCAGUUGUAACAAUUUUGAUUUAUUCUCUUUCGUGUGACCUCCUUCCCUGUUGUCUUGAACCAUAGCAAAAGGAUACUGCAUCUCUCAUUACUGUAGUGUUGAGGGUAUUGAAAUUAUAUAAAAACACAUCUCAGUCUCUGUUUCUUGGAAAGGUAUCUGUUAAGUCCUGCUAACUGACUUAUAAGACUAAGCAGGAAAAAUAAAAAUAAAUGUGUUUCAUGUUUUGCACACAAAUGCAGGAUUUUUAUAAUCACAUGACUUCAUAGUUGUGAUUUCAAAAAAGAAGGAAUUUCUCCUUUAUCUUUUCUUGCAGUCAAUGUAAGAAUACUCUAAAUCUCUAAGCUUCUGAAGUGUUAGAGGUAGAGAUGGUCUAGUAAAGGUGUAGUAGUAAUGUUUUAUCCACUUAGCAUGUGUUUAUUUUUCCUUAUGUACUCAAAGGUGACUUAUUUGUUCAGCUUGGUGAUAUUCCAUCUAAAAAUCAUUCAUUAGCAAAAGGAGAAGCAAUCUCAACCUAACAAAGAAAUCAGAAGUGUUUCUUAUUAUUUUAUAUUGAGUUGAAUAUUUAACCCUAACACUUUUCUACAUACAAAAUACAAGUAUC